AUGGAUUUACCGUUUCAGCAUAUUAAUCUGUACCCAGAACUUCGAGAUAUUCAAUCAGUGAAUCCUGAGAAAAUCUUGGGUGGAAAAGUUCGAAACACCAUCCCAGCAAGUAUAUUUACAUACAAAUAUAAAUUUAGAUCUAAUGAACAGAAACUCAAUGUGAUUAGUCAGAUAAGAGACAAAUUUGGUGAUAGAAGAAGAUUUCUCUACCGUGAAAUUAAUUCUCACAAUAUUAACGUAACACUUACAUACGGGUUUAUUGUAAUAUAUCGGUCUUCCUUAAGAAAUGAAUAUGGGCCAGGCAUAUAUACUACUCCAAAUCUCGAUUAUGCCAUUUCAUAUGCUGGAAGGAAUGGUAAGCUUUUAAUCUUUGGUUGGUUUAAUCUCGAUAGAAAUCUUACGUCCAAGCAUUUAAAUGAUCUAGAGGAAUGUAAAGCAACAGUCAAGGGCCAUCAACGACAUCGGGAUGAACGUAACCUUGGCGAUUGA